AUGUCUUCUUUCUCUGUUCGUUUCCUCACACCUCCAUCUAUCUCUCGUCCCAAAACAUGGAUAUUAUCAGCUGCAACUCCAUCAUUUGCUCCAUCAGUUUCUUCACAAGUUGAUGCAACAAGGUUGGAGCCUAGGGUUGAGGAAAAAGAUGGUUACUGGGUUUUGAAGGAAGAGUACAGGGGAGGUAUUAAUCCUCAGGAAAAAGUUAAACUUCAGAAAGAACCCAUGAAGCUUUUCAUGGAAGGUGGGAUUCAUGAUUUGGCUAAUAUGUCUCUUGAGGAAAUUGAAAGCUCUAAGCUUACAAAAGAUGAUAUUGAUGUUAGACUCAAAUGGCUUGGUCUUUUUCACAGGAGAAAACAUCACUAUGGUAGAUUUAUGAUGAGACUGAAACUUCCAAAUGGGGUAUCAACAAGUGAACAAACACGAUACUUGGCGAGUGUCAUAAGAAAGUAUGGAAAAGAUGGGUGUGCUGAUGUUACAACAAGACAGAAUUGGCAAAUUAGAGGUGUAGUGUUACCUGAUGUACCAGAAAUUCUUAAGGGUCUUGCAGAGGUUGGGUUGACAAGUCUUCAGAGUGGCAUGGACAAUGUGAGAAACCCUGUUGGUAACCCUCUUGCUGGGUUUGAUCCUGAUGAGAUUGUUGAUACAAGACCUUACACCAACUUGUUGUCUCAAUUCAUCACUGCUAAUUCACUUGGAAACCCAACCAUUACAAACUUGCCAAGGAAGUGGAAUGUAUGUGUGGUGGGUUCUCAUGAUCUUUUUGAGCAUCCACAUAUUAAUGAUCUUGCUUACAUGCCUGCUAACAAGGAAGGUAGAUUUGGAUUCAACUUAUUGGUGGGCGGUUUCUUUAGUCCCAAGAGAUGUGCAGAAGCAGUUCCACUUGAUGCAUGGGUCUCUGCAGAUGACGUUAUCCCACUUUGUAAAGCUGUUCUUGAGACAUAUAGAGACCUUGGCACCAGAGGCAAUAGACAGAAAACCAGAAUGAUGUGGUUGAUUGAUGAACUGGGAAUAGAAGUAUUCAGAUCAGAGGUGGAAAAAAGAAUGCCAGAGAAGAAGCUUUCAAGAGCAUCCCAAGAAGAUCUUAUUCAAAAAAAAUGGGAAAGAAGAGACUACUUAGGUGUUCAUCCACAAAAACAAGAGGGUUUAAGCUAUGUUGGUAUUCACAUUCCAGUUGGUAGAAUCCAAGCAGAUGAGAUGGACGAGCUAGCUCGUUUGGCCGACGAAUAUGGCACAGGGGAACUCCGGCUAACCGUGGAACAAAACAUAAUAAUCACAAAUGUAGAAAACUCAAAACUUAAUGCAUUGCUUCAAGAGCCUCUCUUGAAAGACAAAUUCUCACCUUCACCUUCCAUACUAAUGAAAACCCUUGUGGCAUGCACUGGUAACCAAUUUUGUGGACAAGCUAUAAUUGAGACAAAAGCAAGGGCUUUGAAAGUGACUGAAGAAGUUGAGAGACAAGUGGCAGUGUUUAAACCAGUUAGAAUGCACUGGACUGGUUGUCCUAACACUUGUGGACAAGUGCAAGUUGCUGAUAUUGGUUUUAUGGGCUGCAUGACUAGGGAUGAAAAUGGUAAGAUUACUGAAGGGGUAGAUAUUUUCCUUGGUGGAAGAAUUGGAAGUGAUUCUCAUCUAGCUGAGGUUUAUAAGAAGGGUGUUCCUUGUAAGGACUUGGUGCCAAUUGUGGCAGAUAUAUUGGUAAAAUAUUUUGGUGCUGUCCAAAGGAAUAGAGAAGAAGGGGAUGAUUAAAGUAUAUAGGUAGUUGGUGAUUUUUGGUUGUUAAUUCGAUGUACUAUAUUUUGUUUACAUAAAAUUAUUUAGUGUCCUGUCCAAAAAUGAAACCACAAGUGAUGGUUGAGAUGCAGCAUGCUAGUUAUUAUGCACUUGUACAUUUGGAUAUGACAUUAUUCAUUACUAGUUUCUCAGUUACA